AUGACGUCGAAUUCGACACAAUCGCAACGCUCGCCUAGCUGCAGUGUGUUGUCAAGCGACUACGUUGCACGUGACGGCGACUGCGUGCAGCGAUCGGUUCGCAAACGCUCGGUGGUGCGCGUAAUAGCACCGUCGUCCAUCGAUAAACAAUCCAACGUGAUGGCGUACCGGAAGUUCGUGUGUGAUUCGCUGGGCAUGGAGGCGCACAUCUCAGACUCGAUAUUCCAGGAGGGCGCGGAUCCGUUUUACGCGAACACCGACCGGUUCCGGGCGAACGACCUGAUAGACGCGCUGACGGACGACAGCGCGGUGGUAUGGUGCGCGCUCGGCGGUAAGGGAGCUUCCCGGCUGAUACCCUAUCUGGACGCGUUGCCGGCCGACCAGAAGCAGAAGAUCACCGACGCCCGUGGGAAACUGUUUAUUGGGUACAGCGACAUCACGGCACUACACGUGUACCUGCACCUGGUGUACGGGUGGCAGACGAUUCACGGGACCAUGCUGAAGAACAUCGUCGACGGCACCGUGGACCGGCGGUCCGUGGACGCGCUCGUCGCGCUGAUGACCGGCCGGUCGGCCCGGGUCGAGUACGAGCUGCAGUCGAUCGGCGGCGGCGCGGACCACGAGCGUGACGGAGAAUCGGCUGCACCUCUGCCGUCGUCGCCAAUACGGUCCAAAGUCGCGGGUGGUAACCUCACGCUGGUCGAGAACUCGAUGGGUACGGCGCACAGUUUCAGCGGCGACGGAAAACUCGUUUUCUUGGAAGACAUCGGCGUCCAGCCGUACUCUUUAGAACGGUCACUGGACCACUUGAAAGCGGCCGGCGUGUUCGUCGGCGCCGCGGCCAGCGUGUUCGGUUCGUUCAAAAACUCCGAUCGCCCCGACUUGAUCGCCCUGGUGCUUCGCAGGUUCGCAGCCACCGUGCCGUUCCCGGUAUUCUGCGUCCGGGAUAUCGGGCACGGUUACGUCAACAAUCCGUUACCGCUGAACACGAACGCCACCGUGUCGAGCCGAACAGCCGCCGACGGUCGAGUGUCGUACACGUUGACCGUCGACCACGUCUACACUUGAUUGCUGGCUCGUCGAUUUGUUAAGAGAGCGUCACAGUAACAUUGGCUGUAGUAUCUGUCUUAUCGAACGGGCAAUAUCAGAGUUACUAGUGUUCAACCAAAGACGCUACUGUACAAGUGACUUUCUUAUUUUAUUUUGUAAAAUAUCAAUUUUGAUUAUUUUUUUCACAUAUAAUACCUACAUUUUAGAUUUUUAAAGGAAAAAUUAUGUAUAAAAUUUAAAACGCUAUUAUUUAGAUACUUAUUAUUUCAAAAUUUAAUUCCGUUAGAUUAUUUUUAAAAUCGUUAUCGAUUUACCAAUUUUUAAUUGUUUUCAUUCUUAUUCACUAAUUAUCUCAACGAGUUAUUUUAUACUGUGUUUAAACCGAACGAAC